UUGCCCGACGCGCCUUGGCAGUAGCAGCUCUGCAGCAGCAGCAGCAAUGUCGAGACAACAUUGCAUUUAGUACCAGUUCUCUACACAAGCUCUCAGUGGGGAUGAGGGUGGGGGUCUGAGCCCCCAAAGCCCAGCAGUCUUGCCCUCACCAAUGCACGUCCCUGCGGGCUGGUGUCGAGGUGGCCGUGUCUAGACAGCCCUGGGUGGGGCUGAGGCCUCUGCAACCCCCGGGUCCCCCUCGGGCUCCAGCAGCCCCACAGCGGUGCUGCCAGAGAGGAGCAGUGAGGUCAGAGAAGAGCAGCCGUGUCACAGCAGCCUGGGGCAGGGCAAGGCGGGGCGGGCUGGGGCGACCUCACAGUGGGGCAGAGCAGCAUCCUUGGCAUUCGGGACACCGAGCUGCCUGCGGCCCCUGGGAGAAGGGCUCUCUCGGGCUGAGGGGGUGAAGCGCCUUUGGCCCAGAGGAGCUGCCGGCCCCUCGGCCUGCAGUGCAUGCCUGUGCCCAUGGAGCUGGAGGACUUGCAGCUCUGCUUGCGGCGGCACCAGGAUGAACGCCGGGACCUGCUGGAGAAGCUGCUGGAGCAGGAGCAGGCUUGUGGCGUCCUGCGAGCAGCUAGCAGCGCGUUGGAAGAAGGGAUGGACGGGUGGGCAUGGCUCCAUCCUGCUCGGGGCUGAGACUCGGGUCCCGGAGGCUGUCUGCAGCCCCUGCACGCCUUGGCCCUCGAUGGGGGCCCUGCGGGGCUGGGUGGAGGUGGGGGGCGGGCCCUGCCACCCGUCCCGGAGGGCUCUGGGUGCUACCCGCCUGCCUGGGUGCCUGAUCUCUGCCCCGGGGGUCUGCACUCAGCAGCCUCCCCUCUCCUCAACCCCGCAGGCUGCAGCGCUCCUGGGAGGGGGCUGAGGAGCCCGACGUGGGGCUGAGGGAAGAGCUCAGCACCCUCUUGAGCUGCCUGAAGGAGAGCGAGCAGGAGACAGCUGCAAUGCAGGAGCAGCUCCGGGGCUUGGAGCAGGAGAAAGAGGAGCUCCGCACCACCCUGCAGGAGCUCACCACCGAGCACUUCGCCUUGGCAGCGCAGCAUGCCCAGAGCUCCCAGCAGCUGGAGAGGACCAAAGAAGUCCUCCCGCAGCUCCAGGCAGAGCUGACGGAGGUGAAGGCCGAGGGAGACGCGGCCCGGAAGGAGCUCCACCAGGAGAAGCAGUCAGCAGCCAAGCUGGCAGAGGCCCUGCGGGAGCAGGCUGAGAUCGAUAAGUCCCCUCACGGUGGGCUUGGCGUGGACUACUGA